AUGACGCUGCAGAAUGGGCUGGUGUUACCUGUUACCAAAAACUGUUCCCAUGCAGUCGCAGUAGCUAGCACAGCAGACUACAACAACAGGAACACCCUGAGAUGGGACCUGACCCCAGACCAGAUCAAGACCAUGACAGAGAGCCUGGUCCAGAGGAUCAAACAGGUCUACGAUGACAUUGGAUCUCUGGACAUAGAACAAGUGUCCAUUGAAAACACCUUAAAAGCCCUGGCCAAUGCCAAAUUAGAAUAUGCAGCACAGCGCCAUGUUCUGGAUUUCCCCCAAUACGUGUCUGCUUGUAAGGAGGUGCGCUCAGCGAGCACAGAAGCAGACAAGAAGCUGUCUGACUUUGAUGUGGAGACAAGUAUGAGGGAAGAUGUGUUUCACAGAGUGAUUGCCUUGCAGGAGAAGCAGCUGGACAAUCUAACGCCUGAGGCCAAGAGAUUCUUAGACCGUCUUAUCACAUUAGGGAAGAGGAAUGGAUUGCACUUGUCAAAGGAUAUACAGGAGGAAGUCAAAAGAUUGUCAAAACUCAUCAGUGAACUCUCAAUCGACUUCAACCAAAAUCUAAAUGAGGAAAACACGUAUCUAACAUUCAGUGAAAAUGAACUAAGUGGCCUAGCGGAUAGCUAUCUGAAUGGUCUGGAGAAGACUGAGGACAGGCGGUACAAGGUAACCUUGGCAUACCCUCACUACUACCCCCUGAUGAAGAGGUGCCACAUGGCUGAGACCAGGAGGAAGAUGGAGACUGCUUUCCAUAGCAGAUGUAAGGAGGUAAACACAGUCAUUCUGGAGAAGCUGAUUGAGCUGAGGUCAAAGGUGGCACAGCUACUGGGUUUCAGUACCCACGCCAACUGUGUGCUUGAUAUGAACAUGGCCAAGAAUACCAACAAUGUGGCAUGCUUUCUAGAUGAGUUCUAUGCGACACUGAAGCCGGUGGGAAUCAAGGAAAGGAAGUAUAUCCUGGCCCUGAAGAAGAGGGACUGUGCCAUGCGGGGAAAGGCCUUCGAUGGACAGAUCAACGCCUGGGACCUGCCCUACUACAUGAACCAGGUGGAGCAGGUGAAGUUUGCUGUAGACAAGGACAAGCUGAUCGAGUACUUCUCUCUGGAGGUGGUGACGGAGGGGUUGCUCAGUAUCUACCAGGAACUGCUUGGCCUCAACUUUAAGCGGGUAAACAGCGCCCACGUGUGGCACGACAACGUCAGCCUCUACUCUGUACUGGACACGGCCACUGGGGAGGAGAUUGGCCGGUUCUACUUGGACCUGCAUCCCAGAGAAGGGAAGUACGGUCAUGCUGCCUGCUUUGGGCUCCAGCCGGGCUGCCUGGGGCCUGAUGGGAAACGUAUGCUGCCGGUUGCGGCCAUGGUGGCCAACUUCACCAAGCCUACAAAAGGCUGGCCCUCUCUGCUGCAGCACCACGAGGUGGAGACCUUCUUCCAUGAGUUUGGCCACGUCAUGCACGAGCUCUGCUCUAGGACGACGUUCUCAGAGUUCAGUGGGACCCUGGUGGAGACAGACUUUGUGGAGGUGCCAUCUCAGAUGCUGGAGAACUGGGUAUGGGAGAAGGAGCCCCUGAGGAGGAUGUCUCGGCACUACAAAGACGGCAGCCCCAUCCCUGACAACCUGCUCAACAAACUCAUCGCCUCCAGAGUCGCCAACACAGGUCUGAUGAACCUGCGUCAGGUAGUGCUUAGUAAAGUGGACCAGUCUCUGCACACCAAGUCCCAUGCCGACACUGCCGAGGUGUUCGCCAAGCACUGCCAAGACAUCCUGGGGAUCCCCGCUACUCCAGGUACAAAUAUGACAGCUAGUUUUAGUCACUUGGCUGGGGGCUACGAUGGCCAGUACUAUGGCUACCUGUGGAGCGAGGUCUAUUCCAUGGACCUCUUCUUCAGUCGUUUCAAAAAGGAAGGAAUCAUGAACCCCAAGGUGGGGAAGGAGUACAGAAGGGUGAUUCUGGAGGCUGGUGGUUCUGUGGAUGGAAGGGACAUGCUGAAGACCUUCCUGGGUCGUGAACCUUGCCAGGAUGCCUUCUUUCAAUGCAAGGGAUUGGCCAAAGCUGAGGGAACACUGAAUGGUCGUCACUGA